GGUGCAGCCAGCAGCAAAACAGAGGCAACAUUAAAAAUACACAGCAAUAACAUGACAGGUUAAAAAGGGUUAAAAAUAUACAAAAUGACAAUACAUAAGUGCAAUACUACGAUAAGGGACAGAAGAGAAGGAGUAAAGUGACCACAGUGCAUGCUAACUGGUGUUGUUCAGGAGGCCAAUGGCCACCGGGACCCAAGACUUUUGAAGUCUGUUUGUCCUACAUCUUGGCACGUUAAAUCUACGGCCGGAAGGGAGCAGGCUGAAUUCGUGUGCCAGAGGAUGGCAAGGGUCCGACAGGAUAAGUUUAGCUUUCGCAAGGGACCUGGAUUUGUGCAGGAGGGAGAUGUCUGUCAGUGGGGUACCGACAAUUUUACUGCACACUUUUUUUAACGUGAUUGACCCAAACCAACAUAUAAAAGCUAAGGUGAGGACUGAUUCAAUAAAACAAGAGUAAAACAUUUUCAUAAACUUUGACUCGACGUUUAUGUUCCUGAGCUUACGAAGGAAGUACAUGCGCUGAUUGGCUUUUUUGCACACGGCAUCCACCUGAUGCUCAAAGGACAACCUGUCAUCGAUCACUGUCCCCAGGUAUUUAUACUGCUGCACCGACUCUACAGUUUGGUCGUUGAUCAACAGGGGAGGGGUGGCUGGGCAUGACUUCCUGAAAUCGAUUGUCAUCUCUUUUGUUUUCGAGACAUUAAUGUUAAGGAAGGACGAUUUGCACCACUGGAUGAAAUCCUCCACUACGGGCCCAGGCGCUACAUCAUCGUGGCUGAGGAGGGACACGAUAACUGAAUCAUCAGCGUACUUAAUAAUGUGUUGUUUCUCCUGUGAGCUCUGACAUGCAUUGGUAUAUAGAACGAAUAAAAGAGGAGAAAGAACGCAACCCUGAGGGGAGCCAGUGGAGGAAAAGAUGGUGUCAGAUAGUACACCAUUAACCCUGACACGUUGUGAUCUGACAGUUAAAAAAUCCAACAGCCAGUAAAUCAGACCUCUGUCAAUAUUAUAAUUUAAAAGACGUUCAGAUAAAAUGUGGGGCCGUAUACAGUUAAAAGCGGAUGUAAAAUCAAUAAAAAGCAGAUGGACAAAGUUUUUCGCACCAUCUAAGUGUGACAUGAUCAUGUUCAGAAGGGUGAUUAUAGCGUCGUCGACCCCCCUCCCCGGUCGAUACGCAAACUGGAGGGGGUCCAAGUGAGCCUGAACAGUGCUCAUAAUGUCAGUUUUCACAAUCCUCUCAAAGGACUUCAUUACCAGGGAGGUAAGGGCCACGGGUCUAAAGUCAUUCAGAGUCUUUGUGCAUUUAUUUUUGGGCACUGGGACAAUAAUUGAGUCCUUCCACAGGCGGGGGACAGUGUGGGUCUGAAGUGACCAGGAAAAGAUAAAGCUGAAGAUAUCCGCCAGCUGUUCGGCACAAUUCCUUAAGACCCGACCCCCGAUCCCAUCAGGACCCGGACUCUUCCUUUCCUUGACACCCCGAAACACUCUCGUUACCCUCUCCUUGUCAACAUGCACUGGCACCGAGCUGUUCGGCUCCAAUGCUACGUCCUUAAACACAGACAACUCAUGGCUGAAAUCAUGAACAUUAAAACGAUUUGAAUGGACGUUUAGUUAAUUAGGUCAAGAUCAGACUUGUCGUCUAGGAAGAUAUUGCACUUUUGGGGUUGAAUUCCCAACAGGGAUUUCACCCCCUCCCAGGCAGGGCGUGAUCUACCAGUGUUGAACAAGUUUUCCACCCUGUCCUUGUAUUGCUGCUUGGCAGCUUUUAUUUCUUUCCUGACCUGCUUAUGUAGCUCUUUAUAUGUGUCCUUAUCACCAGAGUUAAAACUGAUGUUUCUUUUAUUAAUGGCGUAUUUGAGUGAUUUUGAGACCCAAGGCUUAUUAUUUGGAAAGGUGGAGAUUGUUUUUCUAUGGAUACAUAGAUCCUCACAAAAUGAAACAUAGUCCGAGACAGUCUCAGUAAUUUCCUCCAGACUCUCACAUGAAUUCUUAAACAAGGCCCAGUAGGUGCAGGCGUAACACUCCUGAAGCCGUCCGAUAGACUCUUCUGACCAAACCGGAACUAAUCUCCGUUCCGGCUUGUGUCUCUUCAGGACGGAUUUGUACGCCGGAACCAAAUAAACAGUGUUGUGGUCAGACGCACCGAGUGGGGCUCUCCGGAGGGAUUUAUAAGCCCCUUUUAUGGAGCCGUAACAAAGAUCCAAACAUUUAGUGAGUCUUGUCGCACAAGUUACAUACUGGUAAAAGUUCUCCAGCUGUUUUCCUGGUUUACAAUUAUUAAAAUCACCCAUGAUAAAGCUAGGAGCGUCUGGUGACAUAGCUUGUAGCUGUAGCACUGUACGAGUGAUAGCCUGGGUAGCAUUAUCCGCGUUUGCUUUAGGGUGAAUGUAAACCAACAUUACAAAUAACUGAGUGAAUUCCCUUGGUAAAUAAAGGGGCCUGAGCGAGACAGAGAGAAGUUCAAUGUCCGGAGUACAAAGACUCUCCCUAACAAUCACAUUCCCGCACCAGUUCCUAUUAACAUAGAGAGCCAGGCCACCCCCAAGAGACUUGCCCGUUGCUUUGGGGUCUCUGUCCAGGCGAAAGGGCUCUCCAAAGCCGUCGAUCCUCAGGUCGGACUGUAAGUCGUGACCCUUGAGCCAGGUUUCUGUGACAGCGAGGAGGCAAGCACUUUUGUACUCCUCCAGGAACUUAACGUUGGCUUGAAGCUAAUCCACCUUGUUGCGGAGAGACUGAACGUUAGCAAGCAUGAUGGUUGGCAGGGGGAUACGGCGGGGUCCCAGUCUUCUCAGGCGCUGGCGAAUCCCACCAUGUCUACCCCUUUUCCUUGCGGCUGCUGGCUUGGAUGACCACCUCGGGCCCCCCGUGUGAUCCUGUCGGCUGAUCUCCGCGGGGAAGACCACCGAUGAGUCCACAGCAGCCGCUCCGGAGCUGCGAAAACACAGGAGAAACUCUCGGCCAUACUGGAGCGGUUCCUUGAGCUCGCAGAGUCCGCACAUAAAGUGGAAUAAAAGUAUCCAGAGGACAGUGAUGCCCGUCAAACCAACGUGAGGCAUGGUUAAGCUUUAUCACAUGUGGAUCAUCUUAGGGUGAGUGUUAGUAAUGACGAAAAAAACGAGACAGGACAGGUUAGAAAACACAGAGCACCCAGGAGCUGCUGCUGCCUGUCGCCAUUACCGGCGCCAUUAUUUAACAGUUACAGUUGAUAACAUAAAAGCCAAAAAUUACGUUGCAGACUUCAAUCCCUGCAGCCAAGCAGCUCCAGUCAUCAUUUUCUGCCCCCUGCUGGAUUCAUUCAGAAGGCCGUACAUAUUAAAACAAAGAUGGGAAACUGUCUUUUUCAACAGGAUGAGUUCAUUUCCAUUUUAUAAAAGCCCUAAACAAAAGUUUUUUCAACCAAUCUCCAUGCAGAGCUAUUUUCAAGAGAUUCUGGACCUUGUCUAUCUACUCAAAUGCAGCAGACUGCACACCAGCCAGUCGCUGUGUAUAACAAGACCCCUUCACGCUGGGGGAUGGUUGGACCUUGAACGUUUGGCAGGUGAAUUUCUUUAAAAUCCUGGAAACUAUCCACUAGAAUCAAACUUUGUACCUUUAGGUUUUGACUGUAUGCAUAGGGUAGGCAGUUUGAUCAGGUCAUCUGAUUCAGUUUUUAAGCUCCUAUGUCCCAUGUUCUGACUAAUGCCUUUGUCCAUGGGCUCUAUUUUCAUGCCCGCCGACGGCGCGGAGGAGGAUGGCUCACCCCGCGCAGUGGUAUUUUCAUCUGGCGGAGCCCAGUGCACAGCCAGUCUGGUAUUUCCGAUGCUAAGGCACACCGAGGUCUGCCAAGCUGGGCGUUGUGGCGCGGAAGGGGGAGGUGUCGACAGAAUCAGCUGGCGGCAUGGAAAGUGCGCUGAAAGCUCGCCGAUCAAACCUGGUCAGCUUUCAGUGCAGGCGGAGCACAGCUGGUCUAGAGGUAUUUUGGUAGAAUAAGAAUAUAGAAUAAAAUAAAACUGAAUAUUAUAAUAUUCAGUUUUGUGAGCCAAAUUUAUUUUAUAUGCCAACAUCUAUGAAAAAAAGAGCCAGGCCACGGAGCACAAUGCGUCAUUUAUGCACAGAUGGUUCAGAUUUUAAUGCCAUUAUUGGAGUUUAUGUUGUGAUCUGUGCACACAACCCACCUUUGUCAUGUGGGGUUUAAAUAUAUGCAACUUAAUGUAAGUGUCUUUAUUUGUGAAAACGGGUGUCUGUCUUACCAGUGGGUCCAACCUUACACACACCAAAUCCAUCUGUGCUUAUAUGAGACAGUGUGCAGGAUGCCCUCUGCAGCACUUACAGCGACACUUGUUGAGAGGCUGCCUUCUGUCACCAUCGUGUGACAUCGCGUUCUUCAGCCAUCUCUUGAUCUCUUUGACUACUUCACGGAAAUUUUAAUAUGCCUCACCGGUGGUGGCGGAUUUAAAGGUGAGGAGAGGAGCUUAGGUGAUUGCCGAAAACAGGUCUUGGCUGUGUUAAACCCACUCCAUGCCUUCUCUCCUCCCUAGCUACGACUUACGCCGCUGGGAGGAGCUUUAUUUGAAGUAUAAAGGAAACGUUGAAAGGGCUCAGGAUAAAUAGCCUGGAAUACUUCACAGGGAAACCAGCAACAAAAUUUCAGGAUGCAUAGGUAGAAGUUAUUUGUCAACCCUAGGAUCCAGGACAUGCAGGUAUAUCCAAAUGAUUCUCCCAUUAAGCUAAGAUCGUUCAUAUUCUGGAUAUAGGUGCAAAUAGAAAAGAAAUGCAAUGGAAAACUGAGCAAAAAUAAGCUAUUCUAGCCAUUUUUCAUAUAAAUAUAGGAUAACAUACAAAUGAAAAAAGUCAAAAAAAGCAUUUUGCACUAUGAGGAAGUAAUAUUUUACACAAGCAGGCAAGUGGGGCUGACUCCAGAUGAGGUCAGGACUGUAUAAUGUGCCAAAUAUGGCGAUUUUCGAGCUAACGUACAACAAAUUUUGACUUAUUAUUCAAAAAGUUAUGGAAUGCCCAUCCUGAAACUUGCAGGGAUGCUAGUGGACAUGAUAGUCUUUCUUUAGUGUGUAUAUGAAGAAAAUUGAAGGACGCGCGUUUUUUGCUAUUUCCAACUUAAGUUUUUGGUCUUUUAUAAAUUUUUCUGGUCCAAUUUGGGGAAAAUGUUAAGAACAAAAAUGUAGAACUUGAAGAGAGCUUUAAAAUGACACCUGAAUCAGCUCUCUAGGUGCCAUACUUCCAGAGAUAUGAACACUUUUGUAAUGCAUGUCAUGCUAGUUAGCCAAAAAUUCGUUAGCCCCUAUCUCACAAAUUAGAUGGCUUUGAUCAAAAAUAUUUGAGCUCUGACAGUUUCUCCUGAAGGCCAAUCACUCCACCAAAUUUCAUCAAAAUCUGUGACGUGAGUGGAGAUCCUUGGUUGAAUUGACAUGGAAUGACCCCUCAACCUAAUCUUCAACCAACUUUCUUUAGAGGUUCAUUCUUGGAAAAGAUCAGCAGAGAGUUCAGACAAACAUCGUCCACAGGGAGGGCCAAACUUGAUUGUAAAUGAAAGGCCCCACAGAAGCGUUGACACGGGGAUCAAGUGUUUCUAUUUCCUGUUUGAACUUCUAAACCAAAAGUUCAGAAACUGUGUGGGAGAGAAAUCAGCUACACUCAUAUCAGUAAAACACCAUUUUUUUUACAAGAUUAUUGCUACCUUGGGAGCUCUGAUAAUUUGUGAUAAAUGUGGAGGAGGUCUGUGUUUUUUUUAAUCCCUCAGGAAUCAACUAUGUCUGCAAUGUGUAAAGUCGGGGAAAGUCACCUACUUUAUUUUGGCACGCAUAAAUCACUAUUUGCACAGAAUGGGUAUCAUAUGGGGACCUCUGGUAAGUUACCUUUUGACGUUAGAGUUUUGUGUGGUGCAUUAACACAGGAUGAGCAAAGUCUGUAAUUCAUUUGAAUUUCCAACAUUUACUGAUGGAAUAGGCUGAGGUGCUGCAUGACAGCCACUUUAAGGUACUUUUCAACCACAGGAACUUUACCCUUGAAUGAGGUACCUUUGGAGGAACUCUGUGCAUUUGGACUGCAGGAAAGAGGGUCUAAACUUAGUUCUGGGGUAGAAGAUGUACCGCUUGCCUUUUCUUGGGAUGAGAAUCUUUUCAAUUUUGUUUACAUCAAAAUAACAGAUUGCAGUUUACAUAUAAAACACUGCUUCCACACACAAACAGAUUGCGGUCGCUGUUUUGCGUCUAUAUUUAGCACGUUUGAAAGGCAGGUGAAAACUGGAACAGUGUUACGCUCAGUCAUUGUGGGGAAAAGGAUGCAGAAGUGAUCCUUGAUCCUUGUCCAAACGCUUGUGAUUUAUUUUGGUUUUUUUUGGUAAAUUACGAUUUUCAAUAAGGUCAAACACUGAACAGAUGAAAAAAUUGAUCUGUUGGUCUUAUUGAUUUUAAAUUGUUUUAGUCCCUUUUUUGAUUUCUAGUAUAUCCUCUUGCAUCUGUAAGGCACUUUGAGUUGCUUUGUGUAUGAAUGGUGUUUUACAAAUAAAAUUGCCUUGCUUCGACUUUUAUGCAGUUCCCCAACACGAUACGUGCAACUCCAUGGCUUCAAAAGCAAUUUUUCGGCUACGAUCACUCUGCUCUCCCAAACUCUCCAUGGUGACAGCCAAUAGCGCACACAAAAUCCUAGUUUAAAAAGGCGGUCCACACCACUCUUGCACCUGAUAUCAAUUGCACACACAAUGAUAAAUCACCCACAACACGCCCACUAAUAGCAUGUGCAGUUUUUUAGUUUGCAGAUGCCAUUUAGCAUUUGCUAUUUGGGAUCUUAGUAGAUCAGGCCCCUUGCACUUAGUGUCUUUGAAUCAGUUAUGGACUGUACUUUUAGCACUGUACAACAAUGGUGUUGUGUUAAGGCACAGAAGGACAUCAGUAAAAAUCACACUUGUUUAUAAAUAUGUUGGUUUAGGUAAAGGUACUCAAAAAGAAGUCACGUUACUGAAAAAGUUCUGGAUGGAAGUCCUGAGUUUAUGUGACCCAUCUAUUAACCUACAGACAAACAGACUCAGCAGACUUUGGCUUCUUCACACUGUUGCAGCACAUUAAAAAAGAGGCCAAACAAGUAUAGACAGCCGGGCGUUCUCAAGAGUUUCCUCACCAAUGUCAACACAUGACCGAAGCUGCUCCUUUAAGGGGGCAAAUCAGUGUGCUUUCAGACAGCAAGCAGCAUAAUACUCCACUCAAGAAUCAUGUUCUUCUCACUUGCAAUGGUUAGAUCCCUGAAAUCGUUUUAGUUAGAGCUAGAUUAGUUUUAAGGUCAGAGACACAUUACCAGACUUCUCAUUAUCUAAAGAGAUCUAGUGUUUCAGAAACCUGAAACAGAUAUGAUACAGUUAAUUAGACAUGUGCUGCAGAGGUCGGAAACAGGACCACUCCUGCUGUGUGCUACUGUGUGUCAGCUCUGCAGCUUUGAGGCUGCAGGCAGUAAAAAUAGUCCCAGAAUGACAGAGGCUGAAAAAGCCACUGGCCAUGGUUGACUUGUUUGAAGUGGGCCUGAGCCACCCAGCCUCUCAGCACAGGCCUGCCCAGAGAAACACACACAUACUAACACACACAAAGUGGUGGGCAAAGGGGCUCUGCUGCAGCUUGAGCCAUCUGGGUGCCUCCAUCCUCCCAGAUGUCCUCUCUGUAAUUAAAGUCAAACCCAGCUCGGCCUGGUCCAGCCCAGAUCCAACCCCUCAUUUACAGAGUUCCUCCCAAAAUACUUAAACAGCUUUUCAGAACCCAGCUGGCCUUUAGGGGGACUCUGUGGCUCCACAAACAUUAAAACAGGGAGAGUACACUGAGAGAGCUGGACCACUUUAGGUAAGAUGGUUUUAAUGCCUUUUCAUUUGACUUGUACCCAUUCCUACUCUGUUAUCUUUAAUGUCAUUAUUACUAUAGUGAAAAUAUGAGUUUUGGAUUUCCUUUUUCCUUGCACAGUUUUACUAGAUAAAAUAGAGAAUUUUAAGUUUAAAUUGCAAAAGUAUGCAAAAUAAAAAGUUUAAAGAAAUACAACUUUUACUGCUGAGCCAACAAUGCCUUCUUCUCCAGUGCAAAACUCUAAAAGACAGCUAUGGUUUCUGUGUGCAGCCUGCUGCCUGAGAGUAGAGAGACAAGAUCACAAUAUCUGACAGAUCAUUUCUAUAACAUGGGCUGCGUGAAAAAACUUUUCCAUUGGGACUGUUUUAAAUGCAGGUAAUGAACACACUCACUCAAAAAAAGUGAAGUGAGCAUAUUAGAGCAGUCUCCACCGGCAAGUUUUAGAGUUGAUUUUAAGGUUUUACUGCUUUUUUCAAGGCUUUAACAGGCCUUUCACUGGAAGAAACAGGAUGAGUUUUCCUAGUCAGAAGAUACUGUUUAAAUAUGAAGAAGCAAGAUAAAGAGAUGAAAUAAGAAUUUGAUCUACCUCUGAAUAAUAAAAGCAUCUUUAAAUAUGAGAAGAAUAUGUAUAAGUGUCAUUAUCAGUGCUAUUUCCAAAUUCAUAUUCAGGCUCAUCCUUACUAGAUUCCCAUUAAUUACACAGUAUGUGCUUCGGAAAUUGUGUCACAGCCACAAGUGAGAGUUUAUUUAGAGUUAUAACCCCCUUUUUUUUUGUAAUCAUCCAGCUGUAUUCAGUACUUGAUUUUGAUUGGUCAAGACUGCAUUGAUUGUUUUUAGUGCUGAUGUUGAAGUUGAGUAAAUGAAAGGGUUGUGGUAAACCCUGAAUGAUAACAUGGGCGUUAAAAGAUCAAUCAUUGUGCUCUGUUUUUGUGUGGUGAUGCAAAAAUAAUUCAGCUGUUGUGCCGAUAAGUCCUCAGAGCUCAUUAUCUAGAUUAGCCACAGGCUAAUGUUAAUUGGAUUACACCAAGCAAGCUGCGGUCUUGCAAACAUUAGCCCCUCUAACUACAGACUACAGGGCCCCUAAAGGUCAAUUGCCGAAUAUUUCAUGAAAGCAAUUAAUAAAUAUUUUAUUGACACACAAACUUUUCUUUCAAUGAAGAAAAAAAAUCAUAGGCACGAGAUACAUUUCAGAAAACGCAAAUAAACUCUAAAAACACAACAAUACAAAGAAAAAUAAUUUUAAAAAAUUAAAUUAUUAAAACGAUUUUUUGAAACUGAAAACAGCAAGACAUGGAUAAUGAUAUGAUCUCGUCUGGAGAACACAGCAAAGAAGACCUCAUUUGAAGGUUCAACAACGCUUCAUAGGAAGAGCAACACAAUAUGUUGGUUUAAGUUAGCAUGUUAAAUGGUUGGGCUAAAACCUUAACAACAUUUAGGAUGUGUCUGAUUCAGGUUGGUAGUCAGGUAAUAGGCAGGUUUAUAAGACGGACAUGGGUUGUUACGGAUAUCAGAAUCCUGAUAGGGUAAGAUGUCUGGGUCCAGUCUCACCAUGUUUGGAUUCUAAUUCCCAUAACUACCUGUGUAUGUACAACUGUGAGAUUAAAGCUGUUCACAGGUUAAAAAGAUAUCAGUCUGCUAUAAUGUUUGAUGCCUUUUUAAUUGAACUUCCUCUUUAAGAACUAUUAAUCCACAGUUUGACUUUUUUUAAUGAUAGUAGCCUUAUCAAAGCCUUAUCUGUGUUAAUAAAUCACACAUCCAGUUGAAUGACAGAGAAGCGAUAACAAAAGCUGAGCAAUGACGUGGCAGAGGUCAUGAGUCUGAUUUGCUCUUACAGCAUUGAAAUCACAGUUUCUGUCUUAUCUACUUGAACUUGUCAAAAAUGAACCUUUUUCUUAUCUCUGUGUAGGAGUUAAAAUGUCGAUCGCCCAGGCAGCUGCCAAGGCCUUGCUAUCUGAUUCCCUGCUGCAAGAGGGGGCAGUGAUGAACCGGAUCCAGCACCUGGAGCUGGAGCUUCCUCUGGACAAGGUCAUCAAGUUUGUGUCUGUGGGCCUGCCGCUCAUGCUGGUGUGCAUGGCCUUUGCCCGAGAGAUCUCGCUGGGUGAGCAGAAACUGUCUCUCUGUCCUUUUCCUGGAAAAAAGUGAGGACUUCUGUUCUGUAUUCCCCUUGGCUCUGCCUUUCAUUAUAGUCUGUAUUCAUGAGUGCUUACUUUUUAUUCCCUGGUCUUGUUUCAGCUUCUAUGCAGCAUCAUCUGUAAAGGAUUCACACUCUGACUGUCCUUGAACUGUUUAUUAUUUACCUGCUAAACUGCAACUUGUGAUAAGGGAGAAUAACAUCCAUACUAAUACAAAGAUACUUAUUAUUCAUGUGGCCUAUUUUUUAAUCCAAACUUAACAGGAAGGCUCUGGACAAAAAUAACACCGUCAUGACCCAGUUCUGCUGGAGUUAAAAGUCCUGAACCAUGACGAGUGAGCGUAUCUGAGCUCCUCUCCAGCCGGCUCUUAUCUUAGCUCUCAGAUGCAUCCUACUUAACUUAAGGGAGCUUUAUAUUAAGAGGGAUCACAACAAGAGCUGAAACCACACUGCACUCUUCUGAAAAAGAUGAGGGUGAAGCAAGAAAAACAUUCAAACAACAUCUCAUCAUAAAACAGAGAUGCAAACAGACACUCCACUGGAAAGAUACUGCAAAGACUGAUACACUGAUAAGACACACAGCAGAAUUAUAGCUCCACUCUUUCAUUUAAAGUCCACUCCCACUGCAAGAAGUUUCCACUGAAAGCUUUUGGAGUAGCCCAGUGCAUAGGCAAAGUUUGAUUUAACCGCCUCAGAAGGGAGGGUUUUAUUUUUAUGAUGCACUCUGAAUGAAAAGUUCAUGUAUGAGAAGUACAAAGAACUGUGAGAAUGAAAAUGAACAAAGUCGAAAUGCCAAGAAAGAACUUGUGAUUAAAUCUAAAAAUGAAGUCAGUAGUCAGUAAGUGGCAAUGUUAUAUGUCCACAUCAAACUUUUCUGACUGAAGAUUUUUUGCCUCAAAAUUUUAUAUGCUUGAAACCAACACGAGGAAGCAGGAGAAGAAAUAGACUCCCUUAACAUUGCAACAGCAACAGGCAAUUCUUUGUCGGGCAUUAUGCUUGUUACAAGACAAGAUUAGCAGAACAGUAAGAUAUGAAGGGGGCAUCAAAAUCUACACAAACUUAAGUACCUAACAGCAGCCCAAAAGACCUUCACCUAUCAAUGCUUGUGAAUCCUUUGUACAUAGAAUACAGUUGUUUUAAUUGUUUCCAGAUGGUUUUGUAUAUGUAUUAUGACAUAAUACACAGUAUACUUAGUAUAGCUUGACAAUAUAGGAGGUGAAGUUGCCAAUAUGAUGAUUUCUUACCUUUUGGCACCCCCUGUGGACACAGUUUGUAGUUCCAUUCCGCAUUUGUCACCUGGUAAUCUAUGACAGUGUGUGACUGGAUGAGCUACAGUCUUUUUUUAAAGAUGAGGGUAAAAGCAAACUGGAAACCUGACCCUGGAUUACUCAGAGGUGGAUUUUCAAAUUGUCAUCCCUUUUACCUGGAUAAGACCUACUGAACAACCCUUGGAGUCAAAGCCUGGGUACUUCAAGUCAAAAGUGGCUUUAUUGUUGGAAAGUGUUGUUUAUUCAUGUGAAACCUGCCCACAGCAGCUCUCUGUGAUCAUUCAAAGACAGAAAAAGCACUGCUGACAGUCUGAUGAGAACGUGGCACAUCUGUGGUCUUAAGUCAGGUCUGUUACUGAGUGGCUGACUCCCUCCACUUUGAACUAAAUGACGUCUCCUCAGGGCCAGUCUGAAAUCAGCCUGCUGUUCCUGAUGCUAAUUGCCACGGGGAUGAUUGAGAGCAGCGUUCACUAACGCCGGCAUGCUCUAAUUACGAGGCUAAGUUCUUGUGUGGCAGCUUCCCUCGACUUUAGUCAAAUGAGAGGAUAUGUUGAUUAACAAGAGAGGGGGUGCAGAACAUGAUGUGGUGUCGGAGGUGCAGGCUCGGCUAAUGGAUCUUGGCUGCCUGUCUGCCAGGCUGUCAGUUUCACAGCACUGCUUGAUUGGAGCGCUGCUGUUUGGAGUCUGGUUUACUAGCACCUGGACACUCAGCCAAGAAUUAAACUGUAAAACACAAAAACAGGGAUGAUGUGCCAAAGUUAACAGGGGAGUGGGAGGAGAAGAUAUGAGCAGAGGCAGAAAUUUAACUUCUCUCACUUCGCCAAAUGGCUCACGGGGUGCUGAUUUGGGGGGGGGGGGGGGGGGGGUCUGCUGCUGUUCUUUUUAUUUAGAUUGACUUGUCAUGUCCAUCGGAAGCUGCAUAUAGUACAGGUUAGAUAUUAAACACAGCCCUCUUUAGACCAUCCUCCUGUACAGCUCCAUCUACUGUACGAGUAUCAGAUCAGUAACAUCAUGUACUCUGAGCUCAACCUGAUCUGUUCAGUCUUUCAAAUGUGUUCAGGUUUGUAUGAAUUUAUACAAAAUGGCUGUAAUAAGGAUAAUGUAAUAAGGAGCAACACAUGUCCUCCUAGAAUGGGUAUAAUUAUUUGAAUUGAAAUACAAUAAUAAUAACUAUAAAACAAUGAUGUGCUCACAUCAACAUCAACAUGUGAUGUGAAACAGGGCUCGAUCAUGCAAACCAUACAUAACACUUGUGAAUGUUCCUUUAAAAAACAUUAAUAUAGAAAACUGAGGUAAAAAAAAAUGGGCCUAUUUGUCCACUUUCAUGUUGUUGAAAAUAUAAAAACUUGAGACAUAUCUUUUGAAGCUAGCCCAGUGUCUCUGGAGCCAUCAGCCAGCUUAUGUUGAUUCUGCAGGCAGGUGGUUGUGACACUGCUGAACUUGACAUUUUUCCAUCAGUGCCAAAUGUGCCGACCUGAUCACAGUUUGUAAUCAAAGAAGAUGAUACAAGAGCAUUGCUUUAGCAUUUUUGAAAUCAACCAAGAUGGUGGCUUCCACCCAUGAGAUGUUCAUUUGAGUCUGCUCAGGCUGCUGUUGUAAACAAACCAGAUGAUGUAUUUUCAUUUAAACAAGCUCAAACAACAGCAAAGAUGUGUAAUAGUACAUGUGAAGAAAACAGUGAUAUCUCAUCUUGUAGCAUGCCAGUCUGGUUGGAUUGAUUUUUAAUUUGGUGCAUUAAUUGAUCAGCAGAGAAAGCUGUUUUUGGUCUCUGCAAAUUGUUUUAGGGUCCAUUCUGUAGCUAAUGCACAAGCUAAAGCUAAUGCAGUCACAUAGUCAGUCCAUACAACUACGAACACUUUGCCAGUUAGCUUUACCAUAGCCCUGGUAACCAGGGUAAAAACUGACAGUCCUAGAAAGAGCUACACAAUGGCAAAUAAGCUGCACAUUGUGGACUUUGUCGAAAGCAAUGCAAGUUUUGAAAUCCCUUUCCCUCUGGAUGAAGAGGAAAAGGGAUUUAUUCAGUGGGACUGAAUAUAUUCCAGAUUUAUUAAUAGGGAUGCAACGAUAUCAAAAUCUCAUGGUACAAUAUUGUUACAGUAUUAAGGCCACGGUAUGGUUUUAUUGUGGUACUUCUUAUGCAGUAAAUAUAAAAUGCUUUGCUUCUUGUUUUGGCAUCAUGAAUCAUUUUCGAUUAAUGGUUAAUCACAUAGCUUCUUAUAAAGCCUGUGCUCCCUAAAACCUUUGACAAUCUCGGUCUGGCAGUGUCUGCAAACAAUUUUUUGCACGUCUGCCAUCUUUUCUCUUCAUUCAUUUUUGUUUACCAGAUAACAAAAAUGCUUCCAUAUUUCUGAUUUAAACUCAGCAAGAGGUUCAAUUAAUAAAAGUUUCCCGCUAUGCUCCCCCUCUGUGGUUUCUGCUUUCUAUUCUUGCACUGUGCAGAGGACCAUGGGAGAUGUGGUCAGACUGGCCCACUCAAUAGUGCCAGAAAAUAAUUACACUGACGGGAUUACUCCAAGCUAUUGUUUGAUACCAUCACAUGCCACUGCAUUAUCGCGAGACUUUUGAAACAGAUAUACUGUGAUAUUGAAACUACCGUUACAUCCCUAGUAAUUAAUAAUGUCUUUGAGUUAUGACCAAUCAGAAUUAAGUAUCUCACAGCCAGGAAUCUUGUAGGAGUUAAGAAGUAAUGUGGACUUAUUUAAAUUUUUUGGACUGUUUUAAGAAAAUCAAGAGGAAAAAAAAAACAUUUUUUAACACUCGAGAAACCAAGAAAGGUCAUAUGGAAAUAUAACACUUUGAUCUGUCUUGUACCUGAUGCUAUUCCUGAUGGACUCCACUUCAAAUAUUUACUUAUUUCUGUAAAAAAAAAAGGGUAAAAAAAAGGAAAGGAAAUCGCUUUUCUACUUUAUUUUUCCCCUUUUGUUCAACCUAAACCUGCUCUGAUCAAAUUUUAUUUACGAGAAAUUUUUGAACUUGGUAUUCUACUUUUUAACACCGAUUAAACCAGGGUCAGGGACAUUUUAUUUGAAGGAAGAUGUUUUUGCCCACCUCUCUGCCCCCAAACAAAUUUCUGGAGCUGCAAACCUAGUUUUAACCUUCCAAAGAAGGUAAUGUGGCCUUUAAGUGAGAAAUCAAAAUGGUGCAUAAUGUCAAGAUAUGAUAUGACAAUAUUAUUAGCACAGUAAAAAAGGGUUUACAUGUGGGAUGUGUGUAAAUAAAUCCAGAGCAAUGCUGACUAUGCAAUAUUGAGUGGUAAUGAAGAACUGCUGGCUUAUAAGACUUCCCAUUUGUGCAGAAAAUAAAGACAUGAUAUAAGGCCUAACCAUAGUGUGGGGUAACCCUGCUAUCUUUCAUCAAAUUAAGUGAUCAGACCCUUGGGCCUGAGUAUAUAACCAAAUUGAACAAAAUUGUGUAAACAAAGCAGAAAAAUGUAGUAGUUACUAGAAUAUAAUAACCCAUAGAAGUCUAAAAAUGCAGAAAUUCAAAUUAACAUCAAAUUUUGAGUUUAAAUUGGGUUAAAAUUUUGGGUUCCCUACAGUAUCAUUCUUCUGUCUCGAUGUGUAGGUGAAAAAGAACAUGUUACUGAUGCCCGUUUGCUUUUGCCUUCAGUAAGUGAAAUAACAUAAAAGUCAAAUUUAAAGUCACUCACCAAAUAAACAUUAACCAAUUCUGACCAAACAUGUUUAGACUGGGGUCAGAGUCCUGAAAUACUUUCUUGUGUUUCCUGCACAUAAAUACAGGCUCCAGUUAAUGAUAAAUAUAAGUCAAUGCCAUUCCUGUUCAUGUAAUUAUAAUUAAGGUGUUACUUCUUAUAAUGAGCAAAUACAUCUGUCAUAAAAGUGGAUCAUGUAACUUCUGCUUGUUGAAGGAGUUGGACUGGCAGCUUGAGUCCAGCAGAUGUGGAGCAUGCUUGUAAAAAAUAGACGUUCCAUGUCACUCUGGGCACACCCUUUCCCCAUGCUCUCUUUUUAAGGGUGGAGCGCUCCUCAGAAAUGACAGAGCGUGGAUUUAAGUGGGUGUAUCAAGGUCAACUAAAUAUAAGGUGGAAAGGUCCAAUUCUGGCAUGAGGACACCCAGAGUUUUUAAUGCCAGGCUGCAAUUUGAAAACAUAUGAUUUCUGCAGCAACAAUCUGCUCCUCCGAGUGCAUGGAGGAGCUUGUGUUUGGCAGUCUACUGUGAGUGUGUGUGUUCAAGAGGCAUUAUGAAUAGAGAGUACUUACAGAAAUAGAGCAGGCUAGAGAAUAUAAUCCUCUACAUUAGCAGAAAAUGUUACUGAUAAAUGUUUGUUUAUUCUUCAGGGCCUCAGAUCAGCUGUUUCCCUCCCGGCAACUUCACCAUCAAGCAGGCGAGUUAUGUGGACACAUACUGCUGGGACUCCCUCAUGCACCAUGAAUUUGACAGUGAUGGGAACUUUGAGGAGCGCUCGCUCUGGGUCCACAAAGUAAGAUCAAAAAUGCUAAUUAAGCUUCUUGUCAUGUUAAAUUCCCAUUUAGAUGCGCUGAUAGAGACCUAUGGUAUAUGCUCAUUUCAUAGCCUUAACUUUGUAUCCUGGGACCUCACUAGAGAAGCUUUGCAUGAUCCACAUUUCAAAAUAACAUUAUUAAGUUAAUGACGGUCUACAGUUGAGCCUCUGUCUGAAACAAUCCUUUAAGACCAUAGACCCACAGAGCCCUCUGGUUCCCAACAGGACAGCACCUCAUAAGUCUGUAAGCUGCUUUUGCCCGCUGUUGUGAGGCUGACUGUGGCAUUCAAUACUGAUAAGUUCACCAGCAAAGAAGUCCUCAAUAUGUAUAAAAACCUAUUAAUACAGAUAAUUUUGUGUUCUUGGUUAAAAUUGGCAUCAACUUAAAUCACUGCAGGACCAUUUAAACCCAAGAAAAUCCUUGUAACCGUACCAGUAGACAUGUUUAAUGUCACCACUGGUGAUGAUGGUUGAGUUUACUGUAAGAUGGUCAGAGAUAGAAAGAACUUAAAUAAACAUUUCAACACAACACCCAGCCUGACAAGCUUUAAGCUUUAAAAACAUCCAAGAACAGCUAAUCACAGCUGGUUGCAUAAAUAUCUAACUUUCCCAAAAGAGAUUGAUGAAUAUAAAGUUCAGUCUAUACUUUUAACAUUAACAUAUGAGGGGAAACAAACCUCAGGCCCUGUCAGAAACAUUAGAGCUCCUCAAAUAUAUAACAAAGCAGGAUUUCAGACUUUGAUAGACCACAUUCACAUGGCAGCAAUGUUUGUCUUUAAAGAAUUCUUAGGUUGGAAAGCCCUAUUACUGUCAUCAUCGUUGUUAUCAGUCUCAUCACUGUGAUCCAAAUGGUAGGUUGUUUAAACUUCUAUACAUAUUGAACUACCUUUGCCCCCUUUUAACCAUGAAAGAUGUGAUUUACAGUCCUCAGUCUGGACAACUCAAUUAAAAAAUCUUUACAUAAACAAGCAUCCCGUGGAGCCUGGUGGGCCCGAACAGUGUCGCGCCGCCACCCUUAAUGGUGGCAAAACGUCAAAGUCUAAAAAGGCGCCAUGGCCAUGCAAACACCCUUUGACCUUAACACUUAAUUUUUUUGAAAUGAUCGUUCUAAAGGUCUCUUCAUCAGUCUACAUCAGUUUGAAAGUAGACCAUUGUAGGGACCUGUGGCUACUGAUUCAGUUUUUGAGCUCUAAAAUUCCUAGGGGGAAUACAUUUUUGAAAAAGACCUAAAAAAUCUGAGCAAAUAUCUGAAAAACCCAAAUUUACAAACCAAUAUGGCUGACUUCUGGUUCAGUGUGGCCCAUGUGUCUAAUGAGCUUUUUUAUUUGUCCUGGGGUCCUUAAUUAGCCUCCCACAUUCCAUAGCUUUAGGUCACAGACAGGGGUUGGGCUUAAUUUCUGGAAAUUUUUAGGAGGCUUUAUGAAGCCAUUUUUGGGUAUCUUCAUUUGAUGUGGAAACCUACAAAAGGCCCCCCUUCUGAUCUGUGUACCAAAUUUCCUGUGGCUGUGCAUCUCUAAAGUAAUAUCACUAAAUACUAUUUUUUAGAUACAUUAUAGUGCCAUGGAAUCAAAGUUACAUGAAAAAUGGUGCUGAUUUUUUUUUUUUUUUUUUUUUUGCAUCUUUGUGAUUUAUAUUUUUUAAAAUUUCUAGGUUAUCAACAUCACAUUUAGUCAUUGCAGGACAAACUGAAAAUGGAUGAGAGAAAAUUCCAAACAUAACGUGGUUUGGCCAAAAUAAUUGACAAGAUUGAAAAAAAAAAUGUACAUGCAUUUUAGACAGUGUGCAAAAUGAAAUAUCAUGGAGAAAUGUUUGCACCCACAAAGUUUUGUAGUCCCACUAAAAACUUAACGAGCAUAGUAAUCUGAAGGGGGCACUACUGAGUGACCCAGCCAGGGUUGAUCAAGCCCCAGCUUGUGUCUUAGCAGUUUGUGUCCACAGAUCACCCUGUUUGAUCCACAGCCAUCUUGACACCUUCCCUGCAGCAUCAGUGAUGUUCUUGAUGGCUUUCCCAUUGUGCAGCUCUUUAAUCCCCAGUCUCCUCAGUGCUCUCCAGAGUGACUGGCCAGCAAAGCCUCUGCACCCAACCCAAUGGGGUCGCAUGGGGUUGUCCAACAUUGUUUCGACACAUGCUGGUCAGCUCCUCAUACUUGGCCCUCUUCCUCUCGAAGGCCUCCUCCAUCCGAUCUUCCCAGGAGACAGUUAGCUCCAGCAGGACCACCUGCCUUGAUGUCUCUGACAGCAGCACGAUGUUGGGCCUGACCCUUGUCACUGUGAUCUUGUCUUGAAAUCUUAACUGUCUCCCGAGGUCAACCUUCAGCUGCUAGUCCCACGCUGUUGCCAAAGGCCCCCUGGUUGGUGUAGGUGGCACUUUGGCUUCUCUCGAGUCUUGAUAAAAGCUAUUGAUUUUGCUGGUGGUUUCUGCAGCCUGCUGUUAGUGAUCCCUGUGUUGAUGACCUCUGCCACUGCUCUUAGCACCUGAUCAUGGCGCCAAUGGUAACACCCCUCUCCCAGGGCUUUUGGGCAGCAGCUGAGAAUGUGCUCCAGGGAUCUUAUCCUCCUAUCCUCUAUCUAUCCUAUCCUAUAGUGGGCAUGCUGGGGUGUCUGCCAGGCCCCAGCUGAAAAGGUUGGAUGGACUGGGCAGGACAUCGUAAGUGGAAUGGAUUAGAGAACCUUAUGCGCUGUGGCUCUACCUUCCACAACUCCAGCCCACAGAUCUUCUGAUCCACUGCCUGCUGCCAUCAGGUCCAUGCCCGCUGUUGCGGCAUCCCCAUUGCCUUGCAGAAUCAGGCUUCCUCCACCCCUGCUUGGACCUCCUCCUGGACUAGCUGGUGCCUCUCUUCACCCCGGGCAUUGUUAUAGCAUGGUCUUGGGUUGCUGCCCAGCCCAGCCCUGCUCUCACAGAUGCCACCGUGUCUGCUAGCACACUGUGCCACAGUUUUGACUCUGCCUGGUCAACCACCUCCUGAGUCCCCCACGCCCUGUCAGUCCUCACUUCAAAGCCUGCUGAGGAGACCUAGGUGUGUGAGUCCCUGUACAGCAGCCCUUCUUUUGCCCAGGUAACCAUGAACUCCUCUGUCAAACUGCUGAAGGGGAGCUGUAGCUUAUUUUUACUCCCAUACAAGGCAAUGCUGCUGAGGCUCCAAGAUAAGCCCAACCACCUGCGCAGGAAAGUGGCUGAUCUUCCCCUCUGGGCCCUUGAACGUGGUCAGUGGGACAUUGUACACCAGCGGUGGCCAGAGUAGGUGUGGCAACAUGCUGUGUUGGUAAAUCCAGGCUUUAAACUUUCCUGGCAGCCCUGACUUGUCCAUUGCAGUGAGCCAGGCUCUCAAUUCACUGCUGCUUGUAUUCAGUGCUGCAGUGUCCCUCUGGGUGCCAUCAAAGAUCUUGCCCAAGCUUUAAACAGGCUUCUCUGACAGAUGGGAUAAGGACGUCUCCAAUGAAGAAGCGGUACUUGUCUGUGAUUUGCCCCUUCUUCAGAACCAGUGACUGAGACUGGGAUGGUUUAAAGACCAUUCGAGCCCAGCUGAUGACACGCUCAAGGUGUUGAAGGACCCAUCUACACCCAGGUACCGAUGUUGUGGUUACUGUCAGGUCAUCCAUGAAUGCUCUGAUGGGGGGCUUCAGCACACCUGACUUGGUCAUUGGGCUUCUGCACUCCACCUCAGCUGACUUCACUAGCAUGUUCAUGGCUAAGGCAAACAGACUCACAGAGAUGGUACACCCGAUGAUAACGCCCUUUUCCAGCCAGUGGGAUUCUGACAUUGUUGAUCCAGAAGUGGCUGUCAAGCUGAAGCAGCUGUAAUAGUCCAGAAUGAGGUCCCUGGUUUUAAGAUAAGAUGAGAAAAGAUACUCCUUUAUUAGUCCCACAAGGGGAAAUUCCCAUUAACAGUUCAUUCUUUCCAAGAAACAUACAGUAGACAGAUGCAUACAGUGUGACAGGAACAGGAGAACUGUCAGAUCACCAGCCUGACAGGUGCUCCUUUCUUAGAUGAGAAAAGGAGAACAGGAGGGAAGAAGAGGGGAAAAAAAGGCAACUCCAAACUCUGCUCCCAUGGGGGGGCACAGUGUGAGAUCAGUAAUAAAACACCUCAGCACAUAAGCAACAUGACAAAAAUACUCAAGAACUUGCACAUGUGGGAGGAGGGCAGGUGCCAGGGAGGGAGGGUGUAGGAGCACAGACCCUGAGGUGAGCGCAACCCUACUUGGUGCAAACAUCAACCCACAGUACCUGCACUUCAACAGGGAGGGAGGGGGGAAUGGGGGCCAAGAAGGUGUUGAGUUGGACGGGGGUGUGUGUGAUUAUUCUUCGUGUAUGUGUAUGUGUAUGUGUAAGCCUGUGGCAUUGUCUCCAUCUCAGUCCCUCACAAAUGUCCCAGCCAUCUGAUAAUAGCAGACGGCCUACGAGAGUUCUGAUCCAGGUACGAAGUUCACUGGAGAAGGAGGGUGGGGGAGGAUAGGGCCAAGCAUCAGUCUGCAUAACAACCAGAAGAGAAGACAUAACAGCCCUCCAAGGCCGCUGUGGGGGAGCCAAUGAAGAUAACAAUUGAUUUGGGACAGGCAGACUUUUUUUAGAUUUUCCAUCUACCUUGAGUCUGAGUCUUGAGCGCUGACCUAAACAUCGGAAUUUGGUGGCCAAUUCAGCUAAGUCGGGCUGUCAACUUCUCCAAGGUGGUAUCCAACUUGCCAAGGUGUUCCUCAAUCGCAACCUGCCUGCGAUUGAGAUCGCAUAUCGCUUGAGUCACAUUUCCUCAGUCAUGACGGGCAGCUUCCUAAUUGCCAGAAGUGCUGCCAACAUCUCCCGAACUUUGGGAUAGAUCAGGAAACGGCCAGCUCCAAACAGCAGAAAGCCUGUAAUCAUAAUUCCAAUUACGUAGACGUCUUCAACAUCCUCAACAGAAAGAAUCGACAGGCACACAACCCUUCACUUCUCAUAGGAGUCCAUCAUGUAUCCAGCUGCAAAUGUUCUAUCAGGGCAGUCCAGUACUCCUUUACCCAGUUUUCUCAUCGAGAAAAUUUGGUCGAUUGCGGUGAAAGACCAGCUGAUCAAAUCCAUGAGUUUAGGUUUUGGAGUGAAAUGCAGAGAGAGGCUGCAGUAUUUUUAGACAGAGACAGCACAUGACAUACAGCAGCAAGCAGGGCAGAUAAGGGUAGAGAGGGAGUGAUAUGAAAAGCGUCUGCCUUCGUUGAGAGCCGGAAAAGAAACAUGGUGUCCUCUUCCAGACCUGUCCUCUUCUGGCCUUGGACAUGGUGUCAGCUGAGAGACAUUUCCACCAACUUGUGUGGGAAUGACCCAUAGGCAUUGGCAAGGUCCAGCCACAGGGCUGCCAGGUCUCCUUUGCUUGAUGCAUCCUGGCACCCUUGGAAUUCCCCCCUUCUCCACAGAGAUGUCAGUGUACGCGUUCCUCAAAAACACCUUGCCCUUGAAAAUAACAAGCAAGAUGGUCCUGAACUGCUCGGUGGUGGUUGAUUUUUCCUCCUUCAAGAUCCAGUCACCUUCUGUCCCCAGAUGUCACUGGCUUGACCAGACUGAACUAGUUUUUAUAUACACCUGUAGGUGCAGCUUAGACACAUCAUCAGUGAUGUCAAAGUUAAUGAUAAUUAUAGUAAUAAUAAUAAAUUAUUCAUAGCAUUUCAAUAGGGCUCUUGCUGCUGCUUGCAGCAUCGGCUGGGGCCCUAAUAAGUGAUUGAAUGCUAAGCCCUAUGGUGUUCCGAUGAUAGUUAAAAUGCAGGUUUUUAAAUCUAAAAUAUGACUCAACCUCACUCCACAUAUUCACAAUACAUUGUCUUUGGGCUGGAAGCUUUAAAUGAAGAUUUAUGGCCUAAAACCCUGGAGCAAAAUUAUAAUGUCUGGCAACAUCAUUUGAGAUUCCUUCUGAGCGUGAUGUCACAAAAUAGCAACUGUAAAGGGAAUGAGGUCUAUUCAGAUUUAUGCCCCAGCCACAAAGACAAAAGCAUUUGUUAAAUCCAUAUGUUUUGGUUAACUCCAUCUGACUCAUUCCCCCUUUUUCUAUCUCACAUUGUCCUUCCAGAUGUUUCCGUACUCUCUCCUGGCCAUGGCAGUGUUGAUGUAUCUGCCAGCUCUAAUCUGGCGCCAGCUCGUAAUGCCAACUCUAGGCUCGGACCUGCUCUUCAUCAUCGAUGAACUCGACAAGUCGUACAAUCGCUCGAUCAGACUGGCACAGAGUAUUCUGGAUAUGAGACAAAACACCAAGAACCCCCUCACCUUUCAGGCUGAGCUGCAAAGGUAAGAGAGUAGUCACCAGACAUAUCCUUACUGCUAACUUCCAUUGCUCCUGGUAACCAUCAAUGCAAAAAUACUCCAUGGGUCAAUUAUAAUGUUCAUGCUUCAAACCACAAGACCUAAAAAGUGUCAAUAAUAUUCUCCAAGAAUUUUGUAAUAGUGUUUAAACAUGCAGCCUGUAUUCUGACCACACAGAUGGUGCCAUGUUAAAGGAAUAUUCCGAUGUAAAAUUAAUAAAUGGUCAAACACACCAUAACACAGAAUUAGACACCCCCUCGAGAGAUUGAUGUUGCUGACUGCUUGUUUCUCUAGUUAUUCCAACUUUGGUAACAACCACACGAAUUCAAUACACAGUGGUCUGAGGAGCCACAUACAAACCUCAACCAAAACGCCACUCUAUAGCCACAAAUAAUGCUCAGAACAGCACCUACUUCAUCAACAGUACAUAUAGGGUCCCAGCCAUAGUACAGCCUUUUUAACUUUGCCUCAUUUCUUUAGCAAAGAGACUAAACACAACUCAUUGUCUCGCUUCCAGCAGCUGCUUGUUUGUAGCAAGACCUCAGGCCAGUCCAUUACAGACUGCUACGGGGUGAUGCACCUCAAGAAAGAACAUUUAUGAUAAUUUCUUCAUGGAAAUGCAAUAGACCAAGCGCUAAGACAGAAGAACUACCGCGUCUGCAGUGCAAAAUGGAUGGUGAUUAUUACUUAAAGGAAAUGAUAAUGUAAUGACCAAAAAUGCUCUUCCUUGGUGGCUAGUGCUAUGGCUGGGACCCUAUAUGUACUGUCGAUGAAGUUAGGUGCUGUUCUGAGCAUUAUUUGUGGCUAUAGAGUGGCGUUUUGGUUCAGGUCUGUUUAUGGCUCCUUAGACUGCUGUGAAUUGCUAUCGUGUGGUUGUUACCAAAGUUGGUAUAACUGGAGAAGCAAGUGGUCAGCAACAUCAAUAUCUCGAGGGGGAAUCUAACUCUGUGUUACGGUGUGUUUGACCCUUUAUUCAUUUUACGCUGGAAUAUCCCUUUAGUGACUGUUCAAUGGGAGAUUAUGAAAAAGGACAUUUCGGUGUCAAUUUUAAAGUCAAGUCAACUUUAUUUAUAGAGCACUUUAAAAAACAAAGUCUGAACCAAAGUGCUUUACAGCCGGAAAAUUUGGAACAGACUUUGAUAAAAAUCAGAACAUUUAAAAAACACACUUAGGGCUCUAUUUUUGUGCCUCGCCGGAGACGUGCCGCAAGCGCAGCGUCAGUCAGAUCCGCCGCGCUGACAAGGCGUUCCCAAGCACAUUUUGGUAUUUUGGUGAGCCGCCCAGCCCGGCGUAAGUAUCCCCCUCCCUAACUCAGCUCCUCCCAGCAGCAUAAGUCGUAGACGGGGAGGAGAGAGGGCGUGGAGUGGGUUUAACACAGCCGACACCUGUUUUCACCAAUCACAUAAGCUCCUCUCCUUGCCUUUAAAUCCGCCACAGGCGAGGCGUAAUACUAUUUUCAUGAAGUAGUCAAAGAGAUCAAGAGAUGUCUUAAGACAGUAAUGCCACAAGAUGGCGACAGAGGGCAUCUCCUCAACAAGUGUCCUCCACACUCUCUCAUAUGAGCACAGAUGGAUUUGGUGUGUGUAAUGUUGGACCCAGUGGUAAGACAAACACCCUUUUCCACAAAUAAAGACACUCACAUAAAGUUGCUCAUAUUCAAACCUCACGUGACAAAGGUGGGUUGAGCGCACAGAUCACCACAUAAACUCCAAAAAUGGCAUUAAAAUCGGAACCAUCUGUGCGUAAAUGACGCAUCGCGCUCCGUGGCCUGGCUCUUUCUUUCAUGGAUGUUGGCAUAUAAAAUAAAUUUGGCUCACACAACUGAAUAUUAUAAUAUCCGUAUGUCGGCUUAAAGUAGAUAACGCAUCUGAGCACUGAAACAAAUCAUCUGUUCAGCCGCAGCAGCAGCAAGACGGACAGAGGACACGGAGACGUGUCCAGGUCGAGCUGUGCGAAAAAUAAGAGGAAGAGGAAGAAAGAAAAGGAGGGAGACGAAUUACAUAUCUUGUUAACUUCAUCAUGUGUGUUUAUUUACAAGAUAUUUAAUUUAAUUUGAUGCGGUUUCAGCUGUGUUGAUUCGGUCAGGUUGUGUGUCCAAACGCGUGCCAAACGCACUCAUCAGAUCAGAUAUAGAUCAGAAUAUAUCGAUAUAGAUCUAAAUGUAUGUGCUGACUCAGAUUAAUAGUUGUUGUUGAUUAUUUAUUGCACUGAAAUGUGCCUGACACUGUGGAAACCUGCCGGUGAGGCAUCAGUGACGUAUGUCGAUACGCCGCUGGUCUACCAAAAUACUACUAGACCAGCUGCGCUCCGCCAUGCGCUAAAAGCUGACCAGGUUUGAAUCGGCGAGCUUUCAGCGCACUUAACACGCCGGUGGCGAGCACGAAAAUGUCACUGCGCCUGCUGAUUCUGUCGACACCUCCCCCUGCCACGCCACCACGCCCAGCUUGGCGGGUCCCGGCUCGCCUCCGUGCGGCUCAGUCCACGAAAAUACCAAACUGGCCUUACGCCGGGCUCCGCCAGACGAAAAUACAACUGCAUUUAGCAGACAUUUCGAAUGAUUGGUGAGACAAGCUAUAAAAAUCUGCUGUGACAGGACAACCUCAAAAGAAGUCUUACAAGUACAAAUACAAGUAUCACGGUUUAUUUUGCACUACUGGAGGACUUGGAGAUGUGUCUGCUCCUCCGCAGGGAGCGCGUUUUCAAAGAGCGUGCUGAUCUGUUGAGUGAGAACACAGAGUGGAUUCUCAGCAGGUACUGCUUCCCCAAAACAUUUUAAUGGAUUUACGCCGUGAUUUACUAGCCAUGUUGGAGCGAGAAACAAAACGCACCAAAGCCAUCCCAGCGCACAUCCAGCUCCUGUCCACCCAAACCCGCACAUUUCAGCGUGAGAUUGGAGACAUAUACAGCAUUUCACAGCCAACGCUAAGCAAAAUCAUGCCGAAAGAGUUGAAAGCAAUAAUUUCUCCAGCCUCAAUUUACAUCCAGUUCCCAAACACACAUCAGCAACAUGCUGAAAUAAACAAGGAUUUCACGCCAUCGCCGGAUUCCCAAACAUAAUUGGAGCCAUAGACUGCACUCACAUCGCAAUAAAAGCACCUUCACACAAUAAAUUCAGAUUCGUCAACAGGAAAAGAUUUCAUUCAAUCGAUGCACAAAUAAUCUGCGAUGCACAUUUGUUUCUGUUAAACAUUGUUGCCUGGUGGCCUGGAGGAAUGCACAACUCAUUCAUUCUGCAGAACAGCGCUGUGAGUGUGCGCCUCCAGGAGGAGGAAAAACAUUCAUUCACGCAUUUUUAAAGGGAUUGUUGAUGCCAUAUAUGGUCAAUUGGAGGUGUUCCUGAAUGCAAAUGACCCUAACCAUGCACGAGCACGGUAGUAAAGAACAGGUGGGAUUUAUCAUCACUGAUAACUUACGUGUGUGCGUACGACCGGUGUCCGCACGUUUGAUAAAUAUGGAUUUUUUUGUACUUACGCACUCUAAAUUUCAUUCCUACGCCAGAAUUUAGAACCUUUUCUUUGCACGUUUGAUAAAUAAGGCCCCAGGUCUGGCACAUUGGCCUUUGUGCAAAGCUAUCAUCAAAGGGCGUAACCGGAAGAUUGCACGUCUGGCUACAGAACUACCUUCAAGGAAGAUCCAUCAAAGUUGUGCUUUCUGGUCAGUCUUCUUUACCACAUCCCAUCAACGCAUCUGUACCUCAGGGAUCGAUUCUGGGCCCACUGUUAUUUUCCAUCUUCAUUGAUGAUGUUGUGGAACAGUGUGAGAACAACAUUUUCCUGUAUGCAGACGACUCUACCAUCGUCGCACCAGUAACAUUGUCAAAUGUGCCUGAGGUGACUGCGUCCCUGAACAAUUUUUUUAAUUUUUUUAAUUUUAUUUUUAUUUUAUUUCGAACAUUAUGUAGCGAUUUGAAUUCAGAAUAAAUGUCCAAAAUUAAUCAAAUUAAAUUAUGACAUUUAUGCACUCGUUGAAGGGGCACCACCCACCUUUCUGGUGGGAAAAGGACGAAACAAAGUCAAUUGAGUAAUCAAAUGUUGGAUCAGUCUUAAACAAAUUUAAAUCAGUCUCUCAUCUGAGGCCGGAAUUCUCCAUUCAGGGACUCUACUUUCUGGAAAGACCACUAAGAGACGACAACUUAAAAUUAAAUGGACAAUUUAUUAACAAGCUAUAUGAUAACAAAACGUCAAUAAAUGAUGAUCAAAUAAUGAGAAAAUCAAAGAACAUCUAAUGAAUAAACAAAGGAAUGGUUUAAACUGAACCUAAGACUGGAGGUUAAUGAUAGUGAGUAAAUAAGAGAAAAUUUAACCUACGUUAACGGAGUUACGAGGAUAAAUUUUAAAAGGAAUUUGGAGAACUAAACUAUAACUAGGAAAGUAAGCUACUGAACGCUUGACGGCAUCACCCAGUUCACAUCACAGCAGUUUCGAGGAGUUUGCCUACUUUGGAUGUCGGUUGUCAGCGGCACUCUUGGAAUGGAUCAGCCGAAGUUCUGUGGCUACCGGACCAGAUGCUGAAGGUUCGGCAGGGAGUUCUCCGCCGUGAAUGGUCUCAGGCUUCAGGACCGUGUCAGCGCCGUUAGAUACUUCAGUUCUUUUGGCCUCUCGGAACCAGGUGGCAAACGCAGCUCAGCAGAUGAUGCUGGUCGGUCUUCCGGGCGUUCAGGACGAGCUUAUUGCAGAUUAAUUCGCGCAAAUAACUUAAGAAAAUAAUUUCGCUGGCCAUCCAAUAUUAUCUUCAGGAGUCACUUUAGCGAACAAAAAUAAAAUAAAAGGCUUAGAUUGAGGUUCUCUAUCAAGCAGCUUGUUACUGAUGCUUUAAAGAAACUUGGGUAUGGUGUCAUCCAAGUUUCUGGAAAAGUCUGAGCUUAAGGCAAAUAAUAAAAAUGUGGAAAAAAUUGCAAACCGAUGGACAAAGACAAAAGAACAACUCAAACACGCAAAACGCAGAAGACAAAAAGCUGAAGACGGAAAAGAACAAAGAAGUAAAAGCAAAGAACCAAGGACGGCAAAAGCUCAACUCAUAUCCAAUCGUUGUUCCCCAAUGCAGCCCGUCGACCGGCAGCGAAUUAACUUAACUUGAUAUUAAAAGCGAGCUAGAUCACUCACUAUGAUUAAACUGUUUGUAACAUCACAUACGAUCACAUUUCACUUCAUUGUUUCUUAUGAGCAGAUGCAUUAAAGCAUGAUAUUGAACAAAAGUAAACUUUUGAUCAGCCGUUUUCUUGAUAAUAACAGAGGAUGAACAACUUUUUGAAAGUUAGAGAGGGACAGAAAACCAAAUUAUCUAUUCAAACAGAAACACCAUCCAGCAUAAGAAACACAUACGUGAUGAUACUUGACAACAAUAUAACCUUGUCAAUCAAGCUUCAUAAAUGAUUAACAUAUAUAUUUGGGUGAGGUAGAUAAAAACAUAGUAUUGAUACAUUCAAAAACUCUUAACUUGAGUCUAAAAGAGUUUCCUGUUACUACUUCUAAAACUGCUAGUCUAUCUUGGGAAUACCAUUUACUAAGCUACGAAGUGUAUAAAACAAAAAGGAAGAAAUGCACAUAAUUAAAUUCACUGAAUACACAUUUGGUUCUAACCAAAUCAUAUUCAGGCAACACCACUAGGAGGAGCUCUUGGUCCAUGGAAAACCUGGAAUAAAUUUGUGAAGUUAACAGUUUGGCUUGUUGAUAUGCUAGAAAGCUGGGGAAAAGACCAUUUCAUUGAUGAUGAGGUGUACAGAUAGAAAAUAAACAUGAAGUUAUACCAUUUUCAGUCAUCCUCUUCCUCCUGCACCUUAAAGAGAGCCAUGGAAAAACACAGUCAUUCAAAGGAUUUAUGGUAGGGAUCUGUUCCAGGAUUGGCGCCAAAUGCAGCCUUGGAGAAUGUUCUCUUGUUUUCUUUUUGGGUCAUUCCUUAAGCUGAGGUGUCAACUAUGAUCUUUCCCAGCCAAGGUGAGAGGCUCCAUGUUUAUUCGGUCUCGGGGGUCAUGUGGUUGAUAAGCAACUUGUCUCCUUGAAGCAUGAAGAUUCACUAUCAACCUUUUGGGGAGAGCUUCCCCUUUGGUUCUGUCCUGGGUCGUAAACUGGCCAUAAGUUAAGUGUGAAACGUUACCCCCAUUUCCUCCCCUAACCAGGGAAGCCUGCAUUCCUUUGAGGGGUGAAUUAAAGGUGGACAGAGCAGAAAGCAGUCGUCUUGUUACAAUUAUUUAAUCAAAUAAGACAGUAAAAUACAAAUCAGGAAGAAAAAGAAAACCAACAACAAUGUCCAAAAAGGAGUAGGAUGAAGUUUAAAACUUAUCAAGCUCCUACCCCACUUUUGCCAACACAAACUUCUUUACUGCAUAUACAAUAGUUUAAAUGACUGCAGUAGUAUCAGGGAUAAAAUUAUUCAGACCAACCCAUUGAAAACUGAAAACAGGGCUGUGUUGACUCAAUAGGUCAACACAGACCCUCCUCAUCUGAUUACCUCUUGAAAAUAAUAUUUUUAUAUGCCUUCUUGUAAUUAUUCAGGUUUGGACUUCGCUGAACCUCCAUGCUCAGUCCAUUCCACAAACUCACUCCACAAACUGAAAUGCACAUCGUUUUCAAUGUUGAACCAGCAAAAUGUACCUUGAAAUUAGGCUCUCGUCUUAAAUUGUAACCCCCCUCUUUAUCACUGAACAUCUUUUGUAUAUUACCUGGCAAAAGCCUGUGUCUUGCUCUAAACAUAAUCAGUGCAGUUUUGUAUUCAACAAGGUCCAUGAGUUUCAUGACAUGUGAUUGUAAAACAGUAUAUUUGUGUAAUCCAGAUAUCCUACCUUGUUAACAAUUCUAAUGGCUCUUUUUUGGAAACGACAUAAUGGUUUUAGAUUACUUUUAUAAGUAUUACCCCAAAUUUCUAGACAGUAGUUGAUAUAUGGCAGUACAAGUGAGCAAUAUAAUAUAUGAAGUGCUUUACGGUCCAAAAUGUGUUUUGUUUUUCCUAGAACUGCGAUGCUCCGUGCGACUUUUGUUCUUACAUAGUUUAUAUGGGGUUUCCAACAGAUUCUGUGGUUCAGUAUUACACCCAGAAAUUUAUUUUCAUAUACUCUUUCAAUGUUAACAUUAUCUAUCAUCAUUUGUACUGGUGUGUCUGUUUUACGGUUUCCAAAUAACAUGAGCUUGGUUUUAUUCAAAUUCAAUUAUAAUUUGUUUAUAUCAAACCAAUGUUUUAAUUUACUCAUUUCUGUGGUGGUGACCUCCAAAAGCUGCUGGAGAUUUUCCCCUGAACAUAAUACAUUUGUAUCAUCCGCAAAUAAAACAAAUUUCAACACAUUUGACACACUACAGAUGUCAUUGAUGUGAAGAAUAAACAAUAUUGGGCCUAUUGUGGAACACCACAAGUAAUGUCAGCCAAUGAUGAUUUAUAGUCACCCAUCUGUACAAACUGCUGCCUUCAAUGCAUGUAACUUUUCAACCAAUUUAAUGCAACUCCCCUUAUACCGUACUAUAACAGCUUUCCAAUGCUGUUACUUGUGGCGAACACCUUUUUGCUUGAGUUGACGCGUGCCCGUAGGUGGAAUAAUGUCACAUGUCACACCAUCCAUAUCUUCUGUUGUUUGAUUUAUUUACUCAUUCAUUAUUUGAUGUAAGACAAAGACACAAGACCACUUCACACGGUCAAAAAAACUGUUCGGCUUCCCAGGUGUGCGCACCUGUCCUAAUCAACCCACCCAUUAAAUAGACAGACACAAUAGCACCAUCUGUUGGCACAAAAAAUACAUAACAAUAAACUGCAAAACCCCAAUCUGGCUCCUACAUGUACCUUUCAAUUUUUUUUAAAUAGUAUUUCAUGAUUAAUGGUGUGAAAGGCUUUUUUCAAAUCUAUAAAUACUCCUAUGACAUAUUUGUUGGUGUCAAUACAGUUUGUAAUUUCCUCUGUCAAUUCCAUAAGUGCCAUUGCUGUUGAGCUUUUUGCUCUGAAGCCAUACUGACUGCCAGUCAGAAUCUUUUGACUUUCAAUAAAAUGAUUUAGCCUCACAACAAAUAAUUUUUCCAGUAUUUUGGAAAAUUGGCAAAGCAAGGAUAUUGGCCUAUAAUCGGUAAAAUAAGGUUUCUCCUCAGCUUUAUAUUAAGGAAUAACUUUGGCAACUUUCAUUUUCUGUGGAAAUGAACCAGUUGUCAAAGAUAAAUUAAAGAUGUAUGUUAGUGGUUGUAUAAUGGAAUCAAUUACUUUCUUAAUCAAGAUCAUGUCAAUGCCAUUCCAAUCUGAUGAUGAUUUAUUCUUACACUUGCUGACAAUGUCUUUGAUUUCUUUUCCUUCUAUGCCAUUUAAGUACAUUGAGUUGACAUUACGAAUAAUAUUCCCCUCAGCAUCCCCACCAUUACACGUGGCCUUUAUUUCCUCAGCCAAGUUCGGCCCUACAUUUACAAAGAAUUUGUUAAAGCCAGUAACCACAUCAUUCAUGUUACUUAAGGAAGUAUCAUUGUCAACAAAAUAUUCAGGGUAUCUCCUAUUAUUUGAGCCAUUUCUGAUAAUACCAUUUAAUAUUUUCCAUAUACCUUUAAUAUUGUUUUUACUAUUCUCUUAUAAUUUGGCAUAAUAUUCUUUUUUGCAUGUCCUCAUAAUAUUAAUUAAUUUAUUUUUAUAUUUCUUAUAUUUAUGUUCAGCCUCUGCAGUUCUUUGCCUUAAAAAUUGUUUAUAGAGGGUGUUCUUUUUUUUUUCUUAUUUUUUUUUUCUUUUUCUUUUUUUUUACAAGCAUUACGCAAACCUUUUGUGAUCCAUGGGCUGCCAAUAUGGUUUUUCCUGACAUUAUAUUUUUUCAUUGGACAGUUUUUGUUGUAUAACGCCUUAAAGGUCUCAAGAAAUAUUUAAUAGGCUUUGUCAAUAUCCUUUUCUUCAUAGAGAUUAUUCCAAUUUUGUGCUAGUAAAUCUCUUCUAAAUGCAUUAAUUUGCUGCUCUGUUCUUUUUCUCCUAUAUACAACUGUAUUUUCCUCUUCUCCUUUCGCAUAGUUACAGCCAUAGAUCACAAAAACUGGCAGAUGGUCACUGAUGUCUUUUAUGAGCAACCCACUAACUAAAGCAUUGUUCAUGCAAUUUGUAAAUAUAUUAUCUAUUAUUGUGGCACUUUGCUCUGUUAUCCUGCUUGGUUUGGUGAUCAACGGAUAUAAACUUAACCCUUUGAUGCGCAACAUGGGUCAAAAAAGACCCGGCUGAGUUUAAAUUUUAUAUAUCUUUUCAAAAAAUUAAUUCCAUCAGUCGGUACUCAAGGAAUUCCUCAAUUAACUUGUUUUUGACGACCCUACAUCCUUAUGUUAAUUUUUCUUUUUUUACUUUUAGAAUAAAAAUCGUUUUUGUAUCACUACCCCUCUAAUGCACAACAUGGGUCUAAAAUGACCCGUAUCCAUUUUCAAUGUUAUUUCAUGUAUGGCUGAGUGUUUCUAUGGUAUAUCUUUGAAAUAAAUUAAUUUUAUCAUUUACUAUUCCAAGUAUGCAGUAAAGAUCUUGUUUUAGUUGAGCACGAAUAAUCCUUUUUAUUUUUUCUUUCUUAUGUUAUGAGGAAGCACAGAUUUUGUAUUUCUACAUCAAGUUUACAUACAUGGGUCAGAAACGACCCACAUACAGUGACUGUAGCAUUUAGCAUGAAAAGACCGUCUAAUACAUGUAAGUAUGGUUUUUCAAUUGUUCUGACAGUAUCUUAGAAAUUAUUUGAUGACAAUUGUGAAAUAUAAUUGUACAUAGAUUUGAUUUGAUUAGGUUUAGGUUACCUUGAGAGUGAGGACAUUACAUGUUGGAAAGUUACACAGUUACAGGUAAAACAGCUAGCGUUAUUUCAGCUAGCUAUAAUCAGACGCAUGUGUAUGUGACAAAAUGACAAAUAAACAUGUUGCUGAUACAAAAUACAAAAGUGUUUGGCCCAUAGACUAGAAUGGAAAGCGUCUGCCUCCUUGCUGGGUGAAGCCGAGAACAGCACCCCCUGUUUACCUCCGCCAGCAAACCUUAUGGAGCUGUGGACUAACUUAAAAAAUUUAUUACACAGAACAUAAUUUUUUAUCCCUCCUGAUUGUGAUGUUGACAUGUAGUUACUGUCAGACUGGUUUGUGCUCAAGUCCUCUUUUUUUCUGUGUAGCUCCAUUUUUAAAAGUUAUUAGGGAGUUCAUGUUUGCUAUGAUUGACACUUGAUACAGCCUAUGGGCGUUCAGGGAUUGCGUAGCUCUCCCGAGGGAUAUGCUGUUUGAGCCGAGUGUCAUCACAGCGACUCUCUUCAACUGUGCGGCCAAAUGCGCGCAUUGCUACUGCGCAGCGCUGGUUUCAGGAAAUGAAGAAAAAUCCUGGAAAUAUUGAGAGCUAUUUGGCUUCAAAUCUGUAUACAGGCAGUAGGCGGAACAAAGUUGUCCAUAGUAUAUACAGUCUAUGGAUACAGCCUAUUGGCGUUCAGGGAUUGCGUAGCUCUCCCGGGGGAUACGCUGUUUGAGCCAAGCGUCAUCACAGCGAAUCUCUGCGACUGCACAGGCGAAUGCACGCAUCGCAACUGCGCAGCUCUGGUUUCAGAAAUGUAGAAAAGUCCCGGAAAUACCGAGAGCUUUUUGGCUCCAAAUCCGUAUACAGGCGGUAGGCGGAACCAAGUUGUCCAUGGUAUAUACAUGGUACAUGGUCUCUGACCUGUUCUUUGGGACCACCAAGAUCACACUUAGCAAGCAGAUGGAGGUGUUGGGUCUUUCUAUAGACAGCAAGCUCACAUGGACCAGCCAUUUGUCCAACAUCUGCAGACGUGCUGGACAACGUCUUGGUGCACUGCGUAAGCUGGCCAACAAGCUUGAUGCCAAGGGCAGGGCCAACAUUUAUAAGACCCAGGCCAGGAGCAUCAUGGAGUACUCCUGCCUGGCCUUGAUGAACGCCUCUCCGACCACUCUUAGGCAGCUAGAAAUCAUCGGGGUGGAUGAGGACCUUGCCUUUCACCAGUACGCCAUCAGCAAGCUGGGUCACCGGCGAACAGUUGCAGCAACAACCGUUCUUUAUAAAAUGCACACCCCCAACUGUCCAGUGGACCUCAAAGCUCUGCUACCCCAAGCCCACACCGUGGGAAGAAUCACCCAGAGAGUACUGCCAAGUCACGCCCUGAAAGUCCCCAAGUUAAAAACCAAUUGCCUUGACAGGAGCUUUCUCCACUCUGCUAUAACAACUUGGAAUAGCCUUCCCCCUGCAGUUGUUGGAGAUAUUACAUCUAAUGAUGUUCACGCCUUCAAAAAGAGGCUGAACAAAUACCGCCACAGUAUAUGACUGUUAUCCCUCACAAAGCUUCAUGGACUUUUAUCCAUAAACAUUAUGUUUUUAUUUACCCCAGUCUGAGUAGCUGCAGAUCAUUGAUAGGCUCUUUGAAUUUCUCUCAAAGCCUGUAUCUGUCUAAGCCAAAUAAAAAAAAAUUAAAAAAUAGUAAAAUUUUGUAGGAUGUUCUAAAUUGAACGGGAAGCCCGUGCAGUGAUGCUAGUAUAGGAGUUAUGUGAUCUCUUUUUUUAUGUCUGCAGAGCAAUCGUGCUUCAGCAUUUUGAAUAGUGGAGCAGAUAAGUGAAAUAAACGUUCAGAUGGUGGUACAAGCAUCAAAAUUGGCGUGAGCAUUCUUCAUGGGCCACUUUACUAGGAAAGUGUUCCAGCCAUUUAAAAUUUUAAGAUGGUGGCCACCUAGGUGGAACAAUUGGGUGAUGUUCUUGUUAAGUUGGUGAUAUAGCCAUAAAAAUUGAUAAUCUGUCUUCAUGAGUCACUCAACAAGAAAAUGCCCCAAGCUGCUUGAAAUAUCUGGAUGGCGGCCAUCUUUAAACUGGCCGCCAUCUCAGUAGGGCAUAUAAAUGAUGUAAAGUUGGUGUUAUAAACAUGAAAAACAGUAAGACCAUUCUCCAUGCGUAACUUAAUAAGCUGCUCAAAAUUUCAAGAAGAUUUCUUUUUAAUAUGGUGUGUUUUUCUUUUCAAUUCAAACAUAUAUUUAUUAGGAAGCCCCUAAAGGGUGUAGCAAUUUGAAUAAUGUCUUAAGAUCAAAAAUCUUAAAUUAUGACAUUUAUGCACUCAUUGAACUAUUAUUGCACCACCUACCCUUCAUGGUGGGAAACAGAGAAAAACAAAAGUUUAAUUCAGAAAUCAAACAUUAAAUCUUAAAUUAAUCAAUCUCUUAUCUCAAGCUGAACUUCUCAUUUCAGGGACUCCACUUCUGGAAGAACACUAACAGACAAGAACUUAGAAAAUAAAGGAUCUGUUUAUUGCAGGAUAAAUGAUGGUACAACAUACAUGCAAUAAAUGAUAAGAUAAUGAGGAUAAAUAAUUAUAGGUGAAUAUAAAAGAUUCUGAGUCAGGCUAAAAGCACUUAAGUUAAUAAUAGUGAGUGAAUAUGCUCUAACAUGUUAACCUACACUAACUUGUGGAUUUGGAUGAAUCUAGGAUUACUCGAAUAAGUGAAUAUCUGAGUCAUGACCACAUGAGACAGCAUCAGCCCUAUUUGGAGCUCUGGAGGUUUGCAUACUUAAGUGAGCCUGGUCCUUGGAGAAGAUGGAGCAGGUUUCAAAGGUCCGGGGCUACUGGCAGUUCGAGAGGUUCAGCUCAGAAGACAACCAAAGUCAGCCAAAAGAUUGGCCAGGAGUUGCAGCACUCAGGCCCGAAGCAAAAACCAGCACCUUAUGAAUCCUUUGGAUGCUCCUUUGGUCUCACCACAAACUCUGGCACAGAGGAUGACUUUGGGCCUGCUGUGUGGUGUUCAGAGGUGACUUUGAAAUCACGCAGAUAACUCAGAAAAAGAGGCUUGAUGGCCAAUCAAAACUAUUUCAAAUAUGGCUUUGCGAAAUCGAAGUAAAAUCAGUUAAAGGCUUUAUCUUGAAGUGCUAUGCGCACAAAAAGCUGAAGUUUCAAAACUUGAACUAAGAAGAUGUUACAGAAAAAUCAACAUGAAUGAACACGUGGCGUAAAACUUAUUAGACUAAAAAAAGGUAAGAGUAAGUAGUAAGGUCUUAGAGAAAACAAAGAAGGGGACUAAGAGAAGACCGGGAAACAAGAGCAGAAGAGUUAAAGAGAGAAGUCCGAGCAGAAGAGAGUGGGCACCCCCAAAUUUGCUGUUUUUUAUCUCCUUCACACUGGAAGUGUCUCUGGGGUGUGUGUGUGAGGAGAAAGAGGAGGGGUAGUUGGUGCGUAACUGCAGAGGACUCUGAUUAUAUGAUCUAACUUAUACUUUUGGCUAGUAAAAGAGUCAGAUCUGAUACUAACUCACUAUGAUUAAUAUCAUUGAAUGCUUGGUUUCAUGAUGAAUGAUUUGAUACUAAACACAUAUGAAGAAAUGUAGAAUCACAUCAAACAUUCUCAUUAUGUUUAAAGUAUCACAUUGAUCAUGCUAAAUUACUCUGAAAUAGAACAGAUAGUAACACAUAGAAACUGUGAACAACAAAAGGGUAAACACAUGUACAAAACCAAAUUCCAAUGGGAUUGGGAAGACAUGUAAAUCGUAAAUAAAAACAGAAUAUCCUUUUCAACCCAUAUUCAAUUGAAUAUACUACAAAGAAAACAUUUUUAAUGUUCAAACUGAUAAACUUUAUAUUUUUUUGCAAGUAAUCAUUAACUUUAGAAUUUGAUGGCAGCAACACGUGACAAAGAAGUUGGGAAAGGUGGCAAAAAAUACUGAGAAAUUUGAGAAAUGCUUUCAAUUCUCAGUCAUUCACAAGCAAGGAUGGGGCGAGGUACACCUCUUUGUGAACAACUGUGUGAGAAAUAGUUGAACAGUUUACGUUUCAAGUAAAAUUGCAAGGAAUUGAGGGAUUAUAACAUCUACGGUCCAUAAUAUCAUCAAAAGGUUUAGAGAAUCUGGAGAAAUCACUGCACAUAAGCGGCACGGCCGGAAACUAACACUGAAUGCCUGUGAUCUUUGAUCCCUCAGGCGUCACUGUAUCAAAAACUGACGUCAAUGUGUAAAGGAUAUCACCACAUGGGCUCAGGAACACUUUUGAAAACCACUGUCAGUAAAUACAGUUUGUUGCUACAUCUGUAAGUGCAAGUGAAAACUCUACUAUGCAAAGCGAAAGCCAUUUAUCAACAACAUCCGGAGACGCUGCCGGCUUCUUUGGACCUGAGCUCAUCUAAGAUGGACUGAUGCAAAGUGGAAAAGUGUUCUGUGGUCUGACGAGUCCACAUUUCAAAUUGUUUUUGGAAAUAGUGGACGUUGUGUCCUCCGCGCCAAAGAGGAAAAGAACCAUCCGGACUGUUAUUGACGCAAAGUUCAAAAGCCAGCAUCUGUGAUGGUAUGGGGGUGCAUUAGUGCCCAAGGCAUGGGUAACUUACACAUCUGUGAAGGCAACAUUAAUGCUGAAAGGUACAUACAGGUUUUGGAGCAACAUAUGCUGCCAUCCAAGCAACGUCUUUUUCAUGGACGCCCUGCUUAUUUCAGCAAGACAAUGCCAAGCCACAUUCUGCAUGUGUUACAACAGCAUGGCUUUGUAAUAAAUGAGUGUGGGUACUCGACUGGCCUGCCUGCAGGCCAGACCUGUCUCUCUUGGAAAAUGGGUGGUGCAUUAUGAAGCAUAAAAUAUGACAACGGAGACCCCAGACUGUUUAACAUCUGAAGCUGUACAUUAAGCAAGAGAGGGAAAGAAUUCCACCUUCAAAGCCUACAAUUAGUCUCCUCAGUUCCCAAAUGUUUAUUGAGUGUUGUCAAAUGGAAAGGUGAUGUAACACAGUGGUAAACAUGUCCCUGUCCCAACUACUUUGGCACGUGUUGCAGCCAUGAAAUUCUGAGUUAAUUAUUAUUUGCAAAAAAAAUAAUGUUUAUGAGUUUGAACAUUAAAUAUCUUGACUUUGUAGCGUAUUCAAUUGAAUAGAGGUUGAAAAGGAUUUGCAAAUCAUUGUAUUCUGUUUUUAUAACGUUUAUCACAAUUUCCCAACUUCAAUGGAAUUGGUUUUUCAGAUAAACUUCAUCUUGAUUAAUGAUGGAUUCGUUAUACUCACAAUUGAAUUAUUCAAUGACAUUAUAACCACCUAAUGGGUAAAAAUACUAAAUAAUAAAAAUAUAAACCAAAUAUUUCUAAACUAUUUCUGUUACUGAGAGUAAAAUUAUGAUUCAUAGUCGAUAAAUGUAACCCUUAAAAGUUCAUGAAACAGUCUGAAAAGCUGUUGGUCUAAAGAAACUAAAGAAUAAAGGAUUUAUUCUGUCAGAGUGAUAACUUGGCUUUUGGAGCACAUAGAAAAAUGGGAUAUAUCUUAUUUUAACACAAAUUUCAUGAUUAGACUUAUUAGUACAUUGCUGAAUGCAUAAGGUGUCAUGAUCAAUUAUUUGUAUUCUUUCUCCAAAGGAAUGCAGUUUUUAUCAGUGCAUGGUCAAGCAGAGUUUAAUGACAGAGGUCUGGAGGUCAGUGUCCUGCUCCUCAAACCGUUCCUUGGGGUCUGUGUGUUCACACACUUUAACAUGGUAAAUCUCAAAUGGGAGACCUGAGUUGAGGCGUUAAUGUUUAUAUUUAGAUGGUCAGUGAUAGAGUCAGUUUGAAAGGUAAUAAAAACUCUGUCUCUGUUCUCCGCAUUGACCAAUUGUGAAGAGCCAGAGGUUUUGGUCAACCUCCGGUCGGGUUAGUUAGGCAACCUGAAGAUGCAAACAAGUCUGGAAAGAUUUAUAUUAUCCUGUGUCCUGGGAUCAGAUGAGGGACCUUUCCUGCAAAGAAUGUGUGAGUUUCACACACACAAAAAAACCCCACAAAUGUUUUGCAUGCUCAUGCGAAAGAGGAGCGUUGCCCUCCUCUUGGAGCGAGAAUACAUCCUGUGGUAUCCCCGCUCCAACUGGAGAACAACGCACCUCUUGAGCGUGUGCACGUGAAUGUUUCGAGUGUGCAUGCGAGUUUUUUUUUUUUUUUCAUGUCUUUUUCUCUAUGUCCCUUUAAGGACUCUGUGGAUUAUAUUCUUUCUAUAUUUAAUGUUUUGUAUUUUUUACUGCUAAGCACUUUGAGACCACUGACUUCAUGUAAAGUGCUACACAAAUGAAAUCCAUGAUUAUUAUUUCUCGAAUAGAAUAGACAUUGGAUAGAAUAUGUUUAUUGACUUUGUACAGUGAACAAAGAACUUAAAGUGGAAUCCUGACGGUAUAAAAGAAAAAUGUGAUUGAAAACAAAAAACAUAAUUAUAGAGUAAAAAGUUAACAUUAAACCAAAUGUUGGUGCACCAAGGAAUGUACUGGACAUUGCGAGUGCUUCAAAUAUGGUCUCACUUGCACAUGUUUAUGUAGUUGCCCCUGUUAGAAGCUAUGUGUAUUCUUUUUGCCAGGACUACUUCCCCUUGUUUACCUCCCCCCUCUCAGAAAACAAAACAAAAAAAAGUUACAAAAAAGGAACAAAAAAAAAAAACUUUUUAAAAUUUUUUUAAAUUUAAAGCAAAAAUAUAAAACCUCCCUCGUGACUGUGACCUGGUUGUGGUAAGGGAGCUUGCAUACUUCUGCGAACCCUGAAAGCUAUGCCAUUGGGAGACAACUCCUGGCAGGUUUCACCAAAUUUGACAGGUCGAAGGCGAGGAGUUAGACAAAACACAGUCAAGCAUUUUCUUGUGAAGUGAAGUUAUGGAGAAUGUUUGCAUGUUCAUAUCACCAACUUUACAUGACAUUACUGCUGUAAUAAGAUGGCAGCCAUCUUUUAAACGGUCGCCACAUUAUAAUUUCAAGCAGUUUGGAGCAUUUUCUUGUUAAGUUACUCAUGGAGAAUGGUCUUACUGUUUUUCAUGUUUAUAACACCAACUUUACAUUAUUUGACUGCUCUAAUGAGAUGGCCGCCAUCCAGAAAUUUCAAGCAGCUUGGGGCAUUUUCUUAAGUGAGUCAUGAAGACUGUUCAUACCAAUUUUCAUGGCUAUAUCACCAAUUUAACAAGUAUCACCUAAUUGUUCUACUUAGGUGGCAGCCAUCUUGAAAAAUGGCAGCCAUCUUGAAAUUUCAAAUGGCUGAGGCACUUUUCUAGUCAAGUGACCCAUGGAGAAUAGUCAUGCCAAUGUUCAUGCUUGUAUCACCAACUGAAGGAUUCUGGCUAAAAUUUGUACUUGGCUGCUGCACUAAAACCAUUUGUAGUCAUUGUAUCAAUGACUGGUUGAUACCAAAGUACAGGGAAUUACAGUAGUCGAGCCUGGAGGAUAUCAGGGAAUGGAGUGUAUCCAGAUGCAUUCUAUGAAAAUCUUAAAAUAAAAUUAAAGUUUCAUAAUGAAGUACCAACAUUCUGUUAGCUUUAUUCUUAUGUUCUAAUGUAAUUCAAACAGUAAACAAUCACUAUGAUUCAAAAGCUUGAAUAAGUAUUUGAGCUGUGUUUUCCCCACCACCAAUAUGGAGAGGAAACCCACCACUUCAAUGCGACACCACAGCACUCCAAAGGUAAUACACAAUAUAUAUAUGUAUAUAUAUAUAUAUAUAUAUAUAUAUAUAUAUAUAUAUAUAUAUAUCUUACAGAACAUGUGCGUUCUGUACUAGCAGUAUGUACUGAUUUGCCCAAAAUUUAAUAUGCAGUAUGGCAUGCGACAAAUGCGAAAUUUGCAGUAUGCCAAAAAUGCCAAAAUGAUGCACUGAUUCGAGAAAAUUUCACAUUAUGCAUCAGAUCAGUCUGCUUCGCUUAUUGUUACCCACAAUUCAAAGUGCCUGGGCAAAUGAUGGAAUAGUGGAGAGAAGCGAAACCUUUCACCCGAGCAUUCAUUUUCGAAGAGGACAACCAUGCUGAUUUCUCCUUCUGACAGCCUGUCUUUCCCUCCUUCUUCAGCGUUAUUUGUGCAAACCACUGACAAGAAUGCAAAGUUUUGUUAGCAUACCAUACAGUUUUUAUCCUCAUUUCCCUUGCUUCAAAUUUUCUUGCUUCUUCUCAUCCUUUGUACUGUACGGUUCAUGAUUCAUGAUGAAUCGUAAAAGUGGAAAACUUGCCAUUAAUUUCCUCCUGCCCCACAGAAGGGAUGACAGGCCUGAUCAAGAUCUUUACAGGAUGAUUAGUGUCAUUUCUAAUGACCUCAAUCGGUGAUAUAUUCAAUAUAAUAGAGGCUUUGACAUUAGUUUCAGCCUGUCACAUUACCAGCCAUAAACUCCUUGAAGUAGCUUUAAGAUAAACUUCCCAUUAAGAGUUUAUCUAUUAAUAAAUAUGGAAAACAUGGUCUGGGAAACCUUGGAGCUGCACUCUAAAUGAACACUUGCCCAUGGCUCUACCCUCUAACACACUGAAUUUAAUGGAGGGCUGUGUGGGUGGUUGGCAGCAAUUUGCUCAGUGGUUGGGUUGGGUUGGGUUAGGUUGGGUUGGGCGUCUCCCAGCUGGGAAUGUUUAGCUGUAGAAGAAUAAGGAAAAACAUGGCUCUAAGUUUCUUCCUCUUGUUUUUUUUUUUUUUUUAGGGCCAAGAAGAAGCGGUAUUUUGAGUACCCUCUACUGGAGAGAUACAUGCAGUGCAAACAAAAGUCCUACUUCCUUGUAAGCAUGCUUUUCUUACGGGGUUUCCUCCUCCUGACCUUCAUGACGGCUGCCUGUCUCUACCUGGCCUACUUCCACCUCUCCGCCUUUCUGCAGGAUGAGUUCAGCUGCUUUGUCCGCACAGGCAUGCUGCGGGAUCAGAACUGGGUUCCUGAGCUGGUUCAGUGUAAGAUGAUUGGCCAGUUGGUGUUUCAGGUAAUCAGUGUAGCUAAUGGUGCCAUCUAUGUGCUUUUGGCUCCCAUCGUCCUCUUCAGCCUACUCCGCCUCUUUGUUUGGGACACCACUUUCAUCUCAGUCUACGAGGUCCUCCCUGCCCUGGACCUGAUCAACCAACAACGGCUUGGCUGCCCGCUCAAUGACCUUAAUGUCCUCCUGCUCUUUCUGCGUGCCAAUGUAGCACACCUGAAGUCCUACGGGAAGGUCAGGGCAUUGUGCUCAUUGGCGCCGCCACAGGUCGGCAACACUACUGCAGGGCAAGGGUUGGAUGCAAUGCUAACCCAAGAAGAAAUUGAGGAACGUGAGGAGGCAGUAAAGGAGCUGACGGAGGAGGUAGAGGAGGCCAAAGAAGAAGGAAAGCUCAGUCUGGUGGAAAUCAUGACCAUCCUGGGAGCAGCUCAGGGGAGAGUGGUGAACUGCAGCGAGAAGAGGCCUCUCAUUGAGGAGAAUAUGAGUCUGGGUACCGUAACACUUAUCUACACACUUAAACGCAUUCUGUUUGUGGCUGUCUUUGUGUACAUCAUUUGGGAUGUACAGAAAAUCAUUAAGUGAUCUCUUAAAUAAUGAUACAAACUCAUAAAUGAAUAUGAAGUGAUUCAAAAACUGGGUUGAAUGAUGAGAUUUCACUGAAUUACUAUUCAAUAAGGAGCAAUACUAAUGCAAUUUAUCUUUACUGCCUUGUUGCAAAGAAAAAUUGCAAAAAUAGGUCCUAAUCUUUUUUGGUUUGUUCAGAUAAGUCAUUACUCUUUAAAUGCUACUUGUAAACGUGUCAAACAGCUGUGUUUUCUUCACACUUUAAAACUCAGAGACAGUCUGAAUGUACAUCAAUCUAUUGAAUUAAGUUUACCAUAUAAACAGAGCAGGUCUAGACCAUACUCUGUAGUUUUAGAUUACAUGCAAUCACAAUUCAAAAAAAUUUGGGGGUGCAGAGCAAAAAGUAAAACUGAUUUUGUUGGUUUAUGGAUUGUUAAAACUCUUUCGAAUGUAAUAAAAUACAAAGACAACAUAUCAAAUGUUUAAAUGGAAGAAUUUCAUUUUUUUAUUAUGAUGUUUGCUCAUUAUAAAUUUGAUGCCAGCAGCAGGUAAAAAGAUAGCUGGGACAGGAUCAUGUUUACUUCUGUGGUGCAUCAGCCCUUCUUUUUACCACACAUUUUGAAACAAGGGAGUAUUGGAAAGUGGAAUAUUGCCACAUUGUUUCCUGAUUCAAGAUUUCAGCUGCUCAACAGUUCAGGGUCCCCUUUGUUGUAAUUUUUAGAGUCAUGAUUCUCCAAAUGUUUUCAGUGGGUCAAGUCAGGACUGCAGGCAGACCAGUUUAUCAGCAGGACUCUUCUACUUCAGAGCCAUGCUGUUGUAAUCCCUGUUGUCAGAAUGUGGUUUGUCAUUGUCUUGCUGAAAUAUGAAGGUCUUCCCUGGAAACGUCUUUGUCUGGAUGGUAGCACAUGUUGCUCCUAAACCUGUAGAUAUUGUUCAGCAUUAAUGGAGCCUUCACAGAUGUGAAAGAUACCCAUGACAUGGACCCUCAUGAUCCCCAUCCCAUCAGGGAUGCUGGAUUUGAAAUUUGCACUAAUAACAGCUAUGAUUUUAAAAAAGAAAGCGAGAUUUUGAUCCAUUAGAUCACAAGAUAGUUCUUGGCUUCACAUAAGCCCAUCUUGGAUGGGCCUUGGCCCGGAGGAGUCACUGGAAUUUCUGAAUCAUGUUCACACAUGGCUUCUUCUUUGCAUGGUACUGUUCUGGCCUGUGUUUGUGGUUGACACCUUGAACUGUGUUCACAGAAAGUGGGUUUUAGUAAUGAUUUGAGCUUAUGCAGUGAUUCCCACUCUAGAGUCCUGUCUGUUUUUAAUGCAUGCUGCCUUAGGGCCAGAGGAUCAGACUAUCCAGUCUUGGUUUUGGUUCUUGUCCCUUUUGUACAGAGAUUUCUCUGACUCUCUGAAAUGAAAGUGUUGAACUAUUAGCAAUAUGUUGAACUAUUCACGCAGUUUCUCACAGAGUGGUCAAACCUCUUCCCGCCUUCCCCAUCUGAGAGACUCUCUGAAUGUCCUCUUUAUACCAGUCAUGUUGCUAACCUGUUGGACAUUAGUUAGGCGAUGCCUUUUUUUAUGUGGUGUUGGUCUUGUAUCACCCUUUUUGAAACAACUUGUUGGCAUUUAUUUGUAAUGAGCAUUUGUUCUUUAAAUAUAAAAAAAAAAAAAUACUUUUCAGUUUUAACACAAGGGUUUAGAUAACUUUUUUAGGAACUGGGUUUGUAAAACACCUGGAUGAGUUAUUAAAUGUUAAAAAAAAGGUCAAAAUAGACUGUCACAGCUUGUCAUUACUGGAGCACAUUUCUUGUAAUGGCAUGACUUAUCAGAUCAAAAGAUCCACCAAAACCUUUGGAGUAUCUAAAUUCUUUCAGCUGAGUUAUUUUUUAUUUUCCAUAGGAGUGUUAAAAUCUCUGCCUGAAGCAGAUGCCCACUCAAAAUUCGACACAACAACCUAUUCAAUAUGUCUCACAAUGUAGGGACUGUUAAACAUAACUUUCCCCUUCAGUAUUGAUUCCAGUUGCCUGCAGCUGUUUUGCUUUUGUUCCUCCCUUUCAAAGCAAAGUGAAUUACCAGUCUUAAAUAAUCUUUUAAAAGCACAGGCUAAUGUAGGAGAGAUAGAUUUGUGGUACUUCUCAGCCCUAACUGCCCUCUCUGUCUCUUCACAGAGCCAAACCACCAGGGGUACCAUGAGUUGAAGGAGACCGCACCAUUUAGUCAUUACUAGGCCUCCUACCGACUGAAUCAAUGUGAUAACAGUUGGAGGGUGGGUGGGUCUGCUGUAAAUGUAAGAGUACUUCACCCACAAAGACUGUGGACAGGACAGCAAUCAGGGCUUUUUUAAAAUCUUAUUAUUGGAGACUGAGCAUAAAAUGACCUCUUUUAUAACAAUAGGGCAAAUUUGUCCUGACUGGAAAUGUCAAUGCUUUUUGAUUUGCCGCAUUUUUAUGUCUGUACAUGCAGCAUGCUUUCUUCUUCUUUUUUCUUUUUCUUUUUACAGUCUCGUAAGGAGAGCACAUCAGUAAGAGUCACUAUUGUACCUGCAUCAUUGAGGAAAAGAACAUGUAUGGUGCCAUGGUUUGUGCAAAGUUUGUUUUUUAAAUGUACACAGUAAUGUCAGUGAAGAGACAAGAACAUUCACAACCACAGCUAUAGAUCUGUGAGUCACUAUUUCUUGUACAUAAACUUUGUAUGUGUUACAGUAUUAGUUUUACCCGCUUCUUUUUGCAUCUUUCAAUUCUUAUCUUUAUGUGCAAAAAUAAUCAAUCAUCAUGUGAUUUAAGUGUGUUUAAUGUGG